UGUGACAACAGCUUCCAAAACCUCGCCUUCGAAAGGUCUGAUAAUUCUGAUGAACAAGAAGAAGAUGAUGAAGCAAGAGAAGAUGAUGUUGAAGAAGAGUAUUAUGGUUUGCCUUUGCAAUUGGGUUGCUCUUGUAAAGGUGAUUUGGGUGUAGCUCACAGUAAGUGUGCUGAAACUUGGUUCAAGAUUAAAGGAAACAUGACAUGUGAGAUAUGCGGCGCAAUGGCUAUAAACGUUGCUGGCGAACAGUCAAACCAAGAGAGCAAUGCCUCUGCCCAUUCACAAACAACUGCAGGACAAAUUCAGACAGAGACACGGGGAACCUGGCAUGGUCGCCGUGUUAUGAACUUCUUACUUGCCGUUAUGAUCUUUGCGUUCAUUGUUUCUUGGCUUUUUCAUUUCAAAGUCUUGAAGUGAAACAAAUUUCAUCUCAGUCUCUUUCUCCCGCAGGCAAGCACACGCUCACUCUUCUUUUCAUGUUCUUGAGCUGUUUGUUUUGCUACAUCAAUCCCUCCUGUCGCUUGAUUGUUCACACGUUUUGUAGCUGUAAAUACUUGGUAGUAGCUUAUUGUUGUCACUUGUGAGCCUUACAUCUUGUAUAAUAUUCAUCUCUACUCCGGCUUGGUGAAACCUCUGCGCGACCAAGAAAGUUUAUCUUGGCUCUUUAGUUUCCAGACACAAAA